GGCCUUGAGAGUGUGGUCCAAGAUCUGCUGCAAGAGGUGGGCAGUGGGGGCCUUCCUCCUCCUCUUUACCCUGUCUGUGGUGGUGAUCAACACCCUCCCCUUCCCCCCCUCUAAGACACGCAGGCUGCCCUCACGAGGCCUGAGCUCUGCUGGAGCCAGAGUGUAUAGAGCGAGGGCUAGACCCAGGGAAAGGGCCACGUUGGCCACCCUCACCACCCAUCUUCCUCUACCCCUCAACGGUCACAGUGGAGGUUGGAAGCAGAGUGACAAAGUCAAAGAGUCCUCCAAGCAUCACCUGGUGAUGGACCAGCCCAAACUGGAUAGAAGAGCAGCUAGCAUGACAUAUGAGAGAACUCAAAGCAAUAACAAGAAGAAGAAUCGUAAAACUAAGGGCAUCGCCUCCAAAAGGAAAGAGAAGAAAGAGAUUCCGCAAAGUUCUAGUAGAGACAAACAACAUAAUAUCCAGCCAUUGACAGUCAAUGCUUCACUAAUGAGGCAUGAUGGAAGCCAUCUAACCAACUGCAGUGGUUCAGAGCUCUCCACCCAGCCACCACCUCUUCCCAGACAAGAGAACCUCCACCCAGCCGUGCCCCAGACUGUAGCGCGUAGCCAGAGCCGCCCUUCUACUGCAGACCUUAGCCUGUCUGACUCUGAGCACAAAUAUACUCCAGAUGAACAGAGGCAGGACCAGGGGCACACAGGGCAGGCAGGGCAGGCAGGGCAGGCAGGGAGGAAGGACCUAACCAAGCAGCAGGCUGUGAAAAAGGUCCCCAGAGAACUCAGGAAACAUGACAGACAGUCAGCAGUGGCCUCAAAGAGGAAGAGGCCCACUUCGUCUGGGCGUAAAGAGACCCGGUCCCACAGCAGAAGCAGCAGAGAAAGGGAGAGAGGGGGAGGCCCACUGGUGUAAGAUGUCAGCUGGAGAGAGGGAGUUUCCAGACACUGACACACGGAGAAUAAGGACUGGGGACCCUGACUCCCUGCCAUGGCUCAGCAAGGACGAUAUUCACAAGAUGGAGUUCCUCUCAGGCAGCGAGGUUGUCAGUAAGGCCAGGAUCCCAGCCCACGGACAGGUCCUCCAUGUAGGGCUGGGUGCCCCUCAUCAUGACCCUUCUCUUGGGGCUCCAUUGGCUGACCACAGUGGGCACUGCCAGCAGGGUCUGUGUGCCCUGAUCAAACGUCCAGACGACUGGUUCGAAGUCUUCGCCUUCCAUUUAGACCGUGUUCUCGGCUUGAACAGGAGUCUGCCCACAGUGUCCAGGGCCUUCCACAGUGACAUCCUGCCUUAUAAAUACACCAGAGGGGCAGCCAGACCCGUGGUGUGGUGGGACCCAGGCAUCCAGCACCUGGCUGAUGAUGACAAUGACCAGAACUCGUUCCCUCUCACCUGGCCCCAGUACCAGAGCCUGCUGAGGGCCAGGUGUGGCAGCAGCAGCGGGGUGGCCCUCAACGAGACCCCCUGUGUGGGGGUUCACCAUGCGGAGUGGGGGCGCCUGGCCCUCUUUGACUUCCUCCUACAGGUAUAGAACAACUGAUAACACUCUGUAUCCUCCAAUCACACUCGUUAAACCCUUUUAUUUAACCUAUUGACAGCAUUGAUUUGAGCUUUUAAGAUAAAUACAUUGGCUAGAGUUAUGAGGUCAGAAAAACGGAUAGGUAGUGGAUAUAUGACUGUUAGAUUUUGUAUGGCUCCUAAUGCCAGGCAUUCUAACCCUAUCUUAAUUCCUAACCGUAUCCCUAACCUUAGCCAUAACCGUAACUCAUUUUGAUCCUGAUCUGCCGCUCAAACUUACACAUCCAAACUGAUAACAUUCUAUAUCCUUUGAAUCACACCAUGUGAAGACAACCUAUUGAAAUAAUGCAUAGACUAGAGUUCUGAUUGAAAACUCACCUCACCUUGAGCGAUGUACGUUUUGUAAAGUUGUUAUUCCACUACGAUGUAUAAACUGACAGUUAGCUAGUGAUUCACUUAACGUCACUAUGGAGGGCUCAGCUGAUAAUGGCUCAUGAGGUCAGGCAGACUGGGAACACUCAGAGCAGCCAACGGUCCUUGGCUGCAUCCCAAAUGGCACCAUAUUCCCCAUAUAGUGCACUACUUUUGACUAUAGCCCUAUGGGCCCUGGUCUAAAGUAGUGCAAUGUAAAGGAAAUAGGGUGCCAUUUGGGAUGCUGCUCUUGUUUUGCAUUAAAUAACAUUCUCACUGGAUGAAAUCCACAGACCUCGUCUAAUAGCAGACUGGCAGUCCUUGAUAAUGAGUCCUAUUUGAGCACUGGAUUGUCUUGCCAAGGUCUUAUAUGAAGACCUCAACUCACUAAACUGCCUUUGAUUAAAAGAUCCCGGCCAAUGAAAAGAGUGUGACUUUCUCCUUCUGGAGCGAUAAAUGUAAUUGAUUAUCAGAUAAUGAUGUUUUUUCAUGUAUCACAGGUAGAAGGGUAUUGUAGUGAGGGCAUCCCGUCAGCUUACUAGACAUACAACAUAAUAAGUCAUUAUCAUUCUCCCUACUAGAUGAAUGUAUCAGCGCAGUUCAAUAAGAAAUCAACACAAUGUUUAUCUCUAAUUUAGCUUCAAACUCGUUUAUGAUCUGCCAGUGAUUUAUAAUGAAGCUGGAGAUCUUUAUUGUGUUAUAAAGGAUGACUGAUGGUCCUUGUAAGAGCCGGAUGGAGGAUCUGUGUGUGUGUGUGUGUGUGUGUGUGUGUGUUUGUGUGUGUGUGUGUGUGUGUAAAGCUGAGACAUCCUGAGAGGAUGUAAUUAAUACAGGGUUGAUAAGGCCAGCUCUGCCACAGUGCCACUCUAAAUGGAGUAGUAUGUCAGUGUAACUCUGCAUGGGGAAUAUCUAAGCUGCCUUUAGGGGAUGAGAGGUGGCAAUGAAGCCAACAACCCAAUGAUGUUUAUUGCAAGUAAGAGAGAGUUAGUAUGUAUGGUAUAGAGAGAGUACAAUGUACAAUAUUUCAUACACACACACACACCAGUCUCGGUCUUCAUCAGGCCUCUAAAGACCCAAUGUCUGGCUGCUGGCAGAGUGAAGUCAAAGUCAGGGUUGCCAUGGGGAUGCCCGGCAAUCACGGAAGUCCACAUUAGGAAGGUAUGAGAGGAAAGUGAUACCAGCUGCUCUUCUCGCUGUCUGUCUCUAUAGCCAGAAGAAAGUAUAUUUCUUUGUUUAGAAAAACCCCCCACAAGAAAUAAACGAUGUGCUGGUGCGCUCGAAUGGGUAAAAACUACAAGGCCAUGGAGACUUGGUAUUAAAAAGGGUAGUCUAUGAAUGGCAGGAAGAUGAUGGGGAUGAUGGACACCACUUAGUAAACAAAACAUUUAGAAAAAUGUAUCGUGGGGGUUACUUUUUCCAUCCAUUCCUUUGUUACUGCAGGGUAAACAGUCAUCGUUACAUAGCCAAUGCAUAUGAAUUGGGGGCAGAAUACAGAUUGUUUCAGAAAAUAAUGUCUCACAAUUUUUCAAAGGCAUAAAGACGCUGAGCAAACACAAACAAAUAGGAAAAUGUCUCUAAAAGAGAUGAGUCACAAAUUGCAAUCUUUGAUUGUGUUCAAUCAAAAUUCUCUCACUUUGGAGGCUAUUACAGCAUUUUAUCCAUGCUACCCAUUCUAUUAAAAAUAGAAAACUAUUCAAUAAAACAGCCACUGAACCAACUCAGCUGUAGAAACAUUUGAUAAUCAAAUCAAAUCAAAUCAAUUUUUAUUUGCCACAUGCGCCGAAUACAACAGGUGUAGACAUUACCGUGAAAUGCUUACUUACAAGCCCUUAACCAACAAUGCAUUUAUUUCUUAAUCAAAUAGUAAAAUAAAACAACAACAACAAAAAAGUGUAGAGAAAAAAAGAGCAGAAGUAAAAUAAAAUAACAGUAGGGAGGCUAUAUACAAGGGGGUACCGGUGCAGAGUCAAUGUGCAGGGGCACCGGCUAGUUGAGGUAGUUGAGGUAAUAUGUACAUGUGGCUAGAGUUAAAGUGACUAUGCAUAAAUAAUUAACAGAGUAGCAGCAGCGUAAAAAGAUGGUGCAAAUAGUCUGGGUAGCCAUGAUUAGCUGUUCAGGAGUCUUAUGACUUGGGUGUAGAAGCUGUUGAGAAGCCUUUUGGACCUAGACUUGGCGCUCCGGUACCGCUUGCCGUGCGGUAGCAGAGAGAACAGUCUAUGACUAGGGUGGCUGGAGUCUUUGACAAUUUUGAGGGCCUUCCUCUGACACCGCCUAGUAUAGAGGUCCUGGAUGGCAGGAAGCGUGGCCCCAGUGAUGUACUGGGCCGUACGCACUACCCUCUGUAGUGCCUUGCGGUCGGAGGCCGAGCAGUUGCCAUACCAAGCGGUGAUGCAACCAGUCAGGAUGCUCUCGAUGGUGCAGCUGUAUAACUUUUUGAGGAUCUGAGGACCCAUGCCAAAUCUUUUCAGUCUCCUGAGGGGGAAUAGGCUUUGUCGUGCCCUCUUCACGACUGUCUUGGUGUGUUUGGACCAUGAUAGUUUGUUGGUGAUGUGGACACCAAGGAACUUGAAGCUCUCAACCUGUUCCACUACAGCCCUGUCAAUGAGAAUGGGGGUGUGCUCAGUCCUCUUUUUUUUCCUGUAGUCCACAAUCAUCUCCUUUGUCUUGGUCACAUUGAGGGAGAGGUUGUUAUCCUGGCACCACACGGCCAGGUCUCUGACCUCCUCCCUAUAGGCUGUCUCAUCGUUGUCGGUGAUCAGGCCUACCACUGUUGUGUCGUCGGCAAACUGAAUGAUGGUGUUGGAAUCGUGCCUGGCCAUGCAGUCAUGGGUGAACAGGGCGUACAGGAGGGGACUGAGCACGCACCCCUGAGGGGCCCCCGUGUUGAGGAUCAGCGUGGCAGAUGUGUUGUUACCUACCCUUACCACCUGGGGGCGGCCUGUCAGGAAGUCCAGGAUCCAGUUGCAGAGGGAGGUGUUUAGUCCCAGGGUCCUUAGCUUAGUGAUGAGCUUUGAGGGCACUAUGGUGUUGAAAUCUGAGCUGUAGUCAAUGAAUAGCAUUCUCACGUAGGUGUUCCUCUUGUCCAGGUGGGAAAGUGCAGUGUGGAGUGCAAUAGAGAUUGCAUCAUCUGUGGAUCGGUUGGGGCGGUAUGCAAAUUGGAGUGGGUCUAGGGUUUCUGGGAUAAUGGUGUUGAUGUGAGCCAUGACCAGCCUUUCAAAGCACUUCAUGGCUACAGACGUCAGUGCUACGGGUCGGUAGUCAUUUAGACAGGUUAUCUUAGUGUCCUUGGGCACGGGGACUAUGGUGGUCUGCUUGAAACAUGUUGGUAUUACAGACUCAGUCAGGAACAUGUUGAAAAUGUCGGUGAAGACACUUGCCAAUUGGUCAGCACAUGAUCGGAGUACACGUCCUGGUAAUCCGUCUGGCCCUGCAGCCUUGUGGAUGAUAAUGAUAAAGAAAGACUGUCUUCUCUCUCUGAGAUGAAAUGGAAUGGGUAACUGAACUGUGGGGGGAGAGAAUAGUGUGUGAGUACAAAAUGGCACCCUAUUUCUUAUAUAGUGCACUACUUUCAAAAGCAGUGCACUAUAUAGGGAAUAGGGUGCCAUUUGGGACGCAGGGAGCCACUGUAUGAAUAAUACAUGAGUAGUCUCUUUGCAGAAGUCAAUACCUGUAACAUGCCAACUGCUAAUAGCAUUUUAUUGAUUCAGUGGAAUUGCUGACUGGGACCCUGUAACACUUGUUCCUACCUGCACACUUAACACAUCUAAUGGCUCUGAUGUGCAACCUAACACCAAUUAGCAAGGGGAACAGUGUGAAGGACACACUGUCACACACGCACUUCGCCUGGGGAGAACAGAGGAGAAAGAGGACCUUGCGCCAAGUGUCCUCGUUGUUGGUCAUUGCCUUGGAUGCUUUGAAUUGCCAUUGUAGGCUAAUAAGGCUACCAAUGUAUUGUUAUGAAUUAGUUGUGAGUAGGCUUAUUGUUUAGCUUGUGAUGUUAUUGUGUGUGAUAUAGGCCUUAAUAGCAUGUCCUGUUUCCCAGAGACUUGGUGGUACCAAGUGAAUGAGUGUGUUGUAGUGUAAGGGUGAAAUGUAGUAGGGAUGUGAGAACUCCUGAAGGCGCUAAAGAAGUGAAGCGAAAUGGUGAGGUGUGAGUUUUACCACAGAGAGGCCCAGACAGACCUGGGGGCAUAUCUCACCUUGGUAACACUCUGAGAGGAGUGUGGCAAGGUCUCCACUUCUCAGUUUAACACCAAGGAUUCCAUUGCUCCCUUCCGCUCCUGAUAGUUGGUUUGUUCUGCGGUAUAAUGAGGAGGAGAACGGUACCACAGGUGUUGAUGUUGUGUUAUUAUAUUUGGGGAUUUGUUUGUGUGAAUAUGCACAAAAAAAAUGUCAGCAGUGAAUACAUACAUUCAUGAACAAAUAUAAUAUGAUGUGUGUUAACUUUGAAAAAAGAGCUUCCUUAUUUAAACAGUGCUGGUGAGUACUGUACAAGUCAGCAGUGAUAAUUGAAGUUGGUGAAGUGGAGAGAAGUCAGCCUGAAGUUAUAAUGUAUAUGAAUUUUAAAAAUGAUGAUAUACACUUAAAAGUUUGGCUUUGCUAUAGUAUUCUUGUUCAUAGAAUUGGACUUGCUGCAAUAACUGAGGUGGCAAAAAUAGCAGUCUUACUGCUUUUGCUAGCUUGCUCUGGUUUGCCCUCACUGCAGGUGAUUGACCUACAAUGACUGAACCACCUCUUACUGUAAUCAACUCUGGCGACCUCUGACCUUAGGGGUCUGUCUCACAUGAGUAACUACCUCCUCACCAUCCCUCCUCUCACCAUCCCCCCCUCCUCCUCUCACCAUUCCCCUCCUCCUCUCACCUCCCUCUCUCUCUCAUGCAAAAGGCUUAAACUGUAACUGUCACUAACUCUAUCAACACUUAGGCCUUACUUGGCUGCAUUUGGAAUUCUGUCAACAAAAUGAUAAAUGACUGCAUAGCAAACAAGCGUAAGAGUUAUUUGCUAUGGUUGAUGAUUUCAGAAAAUAAAUAGAUUUUACAAUAGUUUCUUGUAGUCACCCUUGAUUUUCCUCUUGGAUAGCUGUUCUGUAGUCUGAGGUUCUUUAUAAAGAAAGCACCAAAGAGAUCCUAUAAAUCAGGAGUUCCCAACCUUUUUUCACCAGGGCCCCUUUUUGACAUGUAAAAAAUGUCAUGCACCCCACUGCUUUUUUUAUUACUGUUUAUUGAGAUAGCAUGCAUUAAAUACAUCACCAGCUUGAUUUUGUUUUGAAGCUAAUUACCUGCAACUCUAGUUUUUUAAAAUGAUAAUAAUCAUAAUAAUGGAUAAAGAAAUUAAAGUAUAGACCGUUAUCAAAUGUGUUUUAUUAUGAUAAUUUAUAUGAACACUCAAUUGAAUUAUACAUAUUCUAUUUUACAGAAAGUGAAUAGAUCAAUUGAUAGCCACAGAGUCACAUUGUAUAAGAUUACUUCCCAAGCAAAGUCUGAAACAACACAUAGUCUAAUUUCUUUCACUCCUCGACUUUAGAAAGUUGUAGCUCAGCUUCUGCAUGUUAUAGAGACCAAUCAAAUAUAUUCCGAUGUGCAUCAGAGUCGCGUCUUCCUUGGGUGUUUUACCACUUGUUUCUAGCCUAAAGAAUCGCGGAUUUAUGCGUUGUUUUAUAUCGGUAUACAAUUGGGAAUCCUUGCUAUAAAUCACAGUUCUAUAUGUAAUUCUAUGGAAAGGACAUUGUUGACGAUCAAUCCCAACUAAUCCAUGUUCUUUCAUUACCCCGUGCAGGUGAAUGAUCGUCUGGACCGGUACUGCUGCGGUUUCCAGCCUGACCCAACAGAACCAUGUGUGGAGAACCUGCUACAUACCAAGUGCAGGAACCCGAAGGAUCUAGUGCUGGUGCACAUCCUGGUAACUAUCAUAUCACAGCCAAUAAAACAUCAUAUGGACUUAAUGUAUGGGCCAUUCAAAUCAAAUCAAAUCAAAUUGUAUUUGUCACAUACACGUGUUUAGCAGAUGUUAUGGCGGGUGUAGCGAAAUGCUUGUGCUUCUAUCUCCGACAGUGCAGUAAUAUCUAACAAGUAAUAUCUAACAAUUUCACAACAUAUACCCAAUACACACAAAUCUAGUAAGGAAUGGAAUUUAAGAAUAUAUACAUAUAUGGACAAGCAAUGACAGAGCGGCAUGGACUAAGAUACAGUACAAUAUUAUAGAAUAGAAUACAGUAUAUACAUAUGACAUGAGUAGUGCAAGAUAUGUAAACAUUAUUAAAGUGACUAGUGUUCCAUUUCUUAAAGUGGCCAGUGAUUUCAAUAGGCAGCAGCAGCCUCUAAUGUGCUAGUGAUGGAUAUUUAACAGUCUAAUGGCCUUGAGAUAGAAGCUGUUUUUCAUUCUCUUGGUCCCAGCUUUGAUGCACCUGUACUGACCUCGCCUUCUGGAUGAUAGCGGGGUGAACAGGCAGUGGCUCGGGUGGUUGAUGUCCUUGAUGAUCUUUUUGGCCUUCCUUUGACAUCGGGUGCUGUAGGUGUCUUGGAGGGCGGGUAGUUUGCCCCCGGUAAUGCGUUUGGCAGACCGCACCACCCUCUGGAGAGCCCUGCGGUUGUGGGCGGUGCAGUUGCCGUACCAGGCGGUGAUACAGCCCGACAGGAGGCUCUCAAUUGUGCAUCUGUAAAAGUUUUAGGGUUUUAGGUGCCAAGCCAAAUUUCUUCAGCCUCCUGAGGUUGAAGAGGCUCUGUUGCGCCUUCUUCACCACACUGUCUGCGUGGGUGGACCAUUUCAGUUUGUCAGUGAUGUGUAAGCCAAGGAACUUGAAGCUUUCCACCUUCUCCACUGUGGUCCCGUCGAUGUGGAUAGGGGGGUGCACCCUCUGCUGUUUCCUGAAGUCCAUGAUCAUCUCCUUUGUUUUGUUGAUGUUGAGAGAGGUUAUUUUCCUGGCACCACACUCCCAGAGCCCUCACCUCCUCCCUGUAGGCGGUCUCGUCAUUGUUGGUAAUAAAGCCUACUACUGUUGUGUCGUCUGCAAACUUUAUGAUUGAGUUGGAGGCGUGCUUGGCCACGCAGUCAUGGGUGAACAGGGAAUACAGGAGGAGGCUGAGCACGCACCCUUGUGGGGCCCCAGUGUUGAGGAUCAGCGAAGUGCAGAUGUUGUUUCCUACCUUCACCACCUGGGGGCGGCCCUUCAGGAAGUCCAGGACCUAGUUGCACAGGGCGGGGUUCAGAUCCAGGCCCUCGAGCUUAAUGAUAAGCUUGGAGGGUACUAUGGUGUUGAAUGCUGAGCUAUAGUCAAUGAACAGCAUUCUUACAUAGGUAUUCCUCUUGUCCAGAUGGGAUAGGGCAGUGUACAGUGUGAUGGCGAUUGCAUCGUCUGUGGAUCUAUUGGGGUGAUAAGCAAAUUGAAGUGGGUCUAGGGUGACAGGUAAGGCAGAGGUGAUAUGAUCCUUGACUAGUCUCUCAAAGCACUUCAUGAUGACAGAGGUGAGUGCUACGGGGCGAUAGUCAUUUAAUUCAGUUACCUUUGCUUUCUUGGGUACAGAAACAAUGGUGGCCAUCUUGGCUCAUUCUGGCUCAGACAAGGCUUACUUACUUGGACAUAAUGUAAGAUAAGAGCUUGCAGGAGGUUUAGCAGGAGGCUUGUCUAAAUAAUCUAAUAGGCCAAUGUAAACAGACCUCUACAAAUGUAGAGCUCUAUACUAAUAUUAUUACUACUAUCCAGACCUUUUAUUCUUAACAAAGAGAAUUCCGAUGUUGGACAAAGAUGAUCACUAUUCUUUUACCACUGCUCUGUGGAAUAAUUACUCCCUCUUUCCACUGAACCUGCUGAACUCAUUGCUGGUACUUGGUACUCGCUUUUGCCAAAGACAAAUAGAAUUCUAUUAAGCACAUUACGCUUUAUUAUUUCAGCUGUUGUAGAAAGGAGUAGGAGUUGACUUUCUAUCUAUAUACUGGAUUCUUGACCUAUCUCACUGUAAUAUAGUGAAUUUUCUGUUGUACAUGAAUUACUGAUACAGUGUUAUUUGGGUUAUUAACUGGAUUCGUCCUGACAUUUUGUGAUUUCUUAUUUUUUUUGUUUUUGAUAAUGUUUUGUGUACUUUGACAUUUUUGCUACAUUGUUAGGAGCUAUUAACACAAGCAUUUAGCUGCACCCGCUCUAACACCUGCCAGACUGUCUAUGUGACCAAUAAACUUUGAUUUGAUUUAUAGUUUGAUAUAUAGUGAGAGGUCUAAAGAAGUCAUAUCUAGUUGAAAGUUAUUCUCCCGAGCCUUCAUUUCAUAAUUACUAUAGUAAUAUUUAUCAAAGAGAUACAGUUAGUGGUGAUGAUACUUUAUGCUAAACUAGACAGUCUGUCUAUGUUUUUUUCUACAGGUGAGGAGGGUAGAGCCUACCAGACUGGUGUUCAUAGACAAUGCAGGCAGACCAAAUCAUCCCCAUGACAACCUCAACUUCCACUUAGUAGAGGGCAUCGAUGAGUGAGUACAAACAUCUAUUAUUCAGCCUCUAUUCAAGGCUAGACAGAAGCCUGGAAAUAGGCUUAGUCUGCCAGAGCUCUGACCAAAAGUACUGCACUAUAUAGGGAAUAUGGUGCCAUUUAGGAAGUACCUUAGUGUACAGAAGCUCAGUUGAACCCUACAUCAACCCCACAUCACACAGCCUUAAUCUGUGUUUUCUAAAUCCAGUGAAGCGAUUGGGCGGAUCUUCAUAACUCUAUCUAUGCAUUGUUGUUAUUUCUUUCUGAAUACUUCAGAGAUGAAGGAUAACUGUUGGUGGAUUAAACUAAAAUAGGCCACAUCAUCACAAUAUGCUCAGUCAAUUGGGUUUGAUAUCUGUUGUCUGGUAUUUGUCUGGAUUUCUUUUCCAAACAGUGAGUCUUACUGUAUUUUUCUGGCAGGUUUCCAGAGAGAGCCGUAUCAGUUCUCCAGUCUGGCUGCUUGGAGAGCAUGCUCCUGAGCUCCCUGUAUAUGGACAAGGAAUUCUGGGAGAGCCGAGGGGGGGCACGUGGCCUGAAACCUCUCAUCCACACUGUUGAGCAGAGAGGGAGGAUUCUGCUGCAGCACAUCCACGACAAGAGACUGAGACUGAACAGGGAUCUGUGAAUCCAAUGGCCACAUGCACCCAGCAGUACAUUCAUUUCAUCCAGGCAGAGGGUGCCUGCGACAGACAUGGAAACCUCCUCAAGGUCCCGGGCAGCCUAAAGACACAAGAUGUGUCUCAAAUGGCACCCUA